AUGGAUAAAGGAGGGGACGACGAUAAUAAAGAACAGGAUAGAUAUCUGCCAAUUGCUAACAUCGGCCGUAUCAUGAAGCAGGCUUUGCCAAAGGAUGCAAAGAUAGCAAAAGAAGCCAGAGAGACAGUUUAGGAAUGCGUAUCUGAGUUCAUAUCAUUUAUUACUAGCGAAGCCUGUGAUAAAUGCAAAAAUGAUAAGAGAAAGACAAUUAAUGGUGAGGAUUUGAUCUAUUCUUUAUAUCAGCUUGGAUUUGAGAGAUACCUAGAGAAUCUUAAUCUUUACUAUCAGAAAUACAAAGAUGCACAAAAACACAAUGAUAAGGGCGAUUUAGCGAGUAAGAAUAAUGAGAUGCUGGUCAAUUCUGCUUAGGAGGCAGUUCAACAGAGCAAAUAGAAUAAGAAUGGAUUGAAUAGAGUUAACUAAGAAGAGGAUGAAGAUGCAGAUGAAGAUGAUAUCGAUGAUGAGGAGGAAGAUGAAGAUAUGGAAGAUGAUGAUCAGUAAGAUGAAGAUGAUGAUAUGGAGGAAGAUGAGACUCCUGAGAUAGCUAAAGCUAAAAAGACUAAGGGAUCUGAAAAGAAAGAUAAAGCAAAGAAGUGA